GUCAACGAUGCACCAGCUGCUGGAAAUUGCAAACUCUUCGAUUUGCUCUCUUUGCAGGCUCAUCCAAUCCAAUCCUUCGAGGUCUUCUCUAAAAAUCAUAAUUUGGUAAAUUGUUAGGGUUUUGCUAUCUAAUUAGAAAUGGUGGAGAGGAGGAGGAAGCCUCUUAUCCUCUCCUCCACAAAAAUCCUCAUCGGUUCCGUCCUCCGUUCCUCUCCACUCAGCAGCACUAGCAGUGAACAAAACCAACUCCCACUCGCAACAGACGACAUUUCCCCGUCUCCCAGCUUACAGCUAUUGGCAGGAAUUCUCCGAUUAUCCGAGGACAAACUAGCUUCUUCUUUCGAUGAUUCUGCUCUCCUCGCCGUUUCCACUUCCAUUCUCAAGAGACUCUCAGUUACUUCUUCCUCACUGGUGCUUAUCAAGAAUGUUGAGGCAAACAUAGAGAGAAUUGCUCAGGUUGUUGCUCUAGAUCCUCCCAGAAAUAAUGAGAAUGAGCUGAAAUCCAAUGCCAAUUUACGAAUUUCUUGUACCACAAUGCGUUUAUUUCCUACUUGUAUUUUUCCUCCCGAUGACCCCUCUUUACUAUUAGACCGCGAAAUUGCCUACCUUUCUCCUCUCUUGGCUUUUAAUCUUGGGUUGCAUGUAUCGUGUCUUAAAUCACUUGUACGCCGAGGAGAUGAGAGUUUGGCUUCGCUUUUUGAAGUGGAUGGUGAAACAUGUUGUGAUGAGGAUGUUAGUGCUAAUUGUGAGGAUUCUGCUAUCAGUGUGGGAUUGGAACCGUUGGCUCGAUUACCGAGAUAUGCAUCACACUUGAGGGUUUCUUUUGUUAAGAUACCAGAAUGUGGUACUCUUGAAUCUCUGAAGGGAUUUUCAUCGAUUGAAGCUGAAGAACGUCAGGAGAUGAUUGAUUUGGCAUUGCAGAAAUACUUUGAAGUUGACAGAUGUCUUGCCAGAGGUGAUAUAUUUAGUGUUCGUAUAGAUUGGAAUUGCAAUUCUACUGUUUGUAUUCCUUGUGGCCAGAGGUCACAAGAUAGAAGCGAUAACAUCAUCUACUUCAAGGUUGUGGCCAUGGAGCCAUCAGAUGAAGCUGUUCUUAGAGUCAACCAUACUCAAACAGCCCUUGUGCUUGGAGGGACUGUUCCUUCUUCUGUUCCUCCGGAUCUUCUGAUUGAUGGACCUAAAGGUUUUGCACCUCUGCAAGGGGACACAGUGAAGACUUUGGCCUCCAUACUCACACCACCAUUGUGUCCUUCGGCACUUUCUUCCAAAUUCAGAGUUGCUGUCCUAUUAUAUGGCCUGGCAGGGUGUGGGAAGAGGACUGUUGUUAGACAUGUUGCUCGUCGCUUGGGCAUCCAUGUUGUGGAAUUCAGCUGUCAUAAUCUUACAGCAUCUUCUGAUAGAAAGACAUCAGUUGCACUAGCUCAAGCUUUCCACACAGCUCAAAGAUACUCACCUACAAUUCUUCUUCUCCGCCAUUUUGAUUUCUUUCGAAAUUUGAUGUCACAUGAGGGUUCACCAAAUGAUCAAGUUGGCCUCUCUUCUGAAGUUGCAUCAGUUAUUAGGGAGUUUACUGAACCAGUCUCUGAAGAUGAAGACAAUUACUCAGGAGAAAAAACAAAUGAUUAUUUUCUUGUCAAGGAUACUGGAAAAAUUAGGCAUCAGGUUCUGUUAGUUGCCGCUGCUGAAAGUUCUGAGGGUCUGCCACCAACUGUUAGGCGUUGCUUCAGCCAUGAGAUAAGUAUGGGCCCCUUGACAGAAGAACAUAGGGCUGAAAUGUUGUCCCAGUCACUGCAAAGUGGUUCUAAUCUCCUCUCUAAUACUGGGAUAGAAGAUGCAAUAAAGGACAUGGUUGGACAGACAUCUGGCUUCAUGCCUAGAGAUUUGCAUGCUCUCAUUGCUGAUGCUGGCGCAAGCUUAGUCUCCAAGGUAAAUGUUCAAGUCGACAAAGAUGAGCCCAAAGACUUGAACAGUUCUCUAGGAGGCCAAUCACUGCAGAAGAAUGAAUCAUCCAAUUAUAUGCCUGAGGCUGUGGAAAAAGAAUAUUUAGCUAAAGCCUUGGAUCGGUCUAAGAAGAGAAAUGCCACAGCACUGGGUACUCCAAAGGUUCCUAAUGUGAAAUGGGAAGAUGUUGGUGGGCUUGAAGAUGUGAAGAAAUCAAUUCUAGAUACUGUGCAGUUACCUCUCUUGCAUAAAGAGUUGUUUUCAUCUGGGUUGCGUAAGCGGUCUGGAGUUCUUCUAUAUGGUCCUCCUGGAACAGGGAAAACUUUAUUGGCAAAAGCUGUUGCAACAGAGUGUUCCUUAAAUUUUCUAAGCGUGAAAGGGCCUGAACUGAUCAACAUGUACAUAGGUGAGUCAGAGAAAAAUGUCCGAGACAUUUUCCAGAAGGCCAGAUCAGCACGCCCAUGUGUUAUAUUCUUUGAUGAACUUGAUUCUCUCGCUCCUGCUCGGGGUGCCUCAGGAGACUCUGGGGGUGUUAUGGACAGAGUGGUUUCUCAGAUGCUUGCAGAGAUUGAUGGCCUAAAUGAUUCUACACAGGACCUAUUUAUCAUAGGGGCAAGCAACCGACCAGAUCUUAUUGACCCAGCACUUCUUCGGCCUGGCCGAUUCGAUAAGCUGCUAUAUGUUGGAGUUAACUCUGAUGCAUCUUAUAGGGAGCGGGUCCUUGAAGCACUUACCCGUAAGUUUACAUUGCACCAAGAUGUCUCUCUUUACUCGAUAGCUAGGAAAUGCCCCCCAAACUUCACUGGAGCAGACAUGUACGCCUUGUGUGCAGAUGCUUGGUUUCAUGCUGCAAAGAGAAAGGUUCUGAGUUCAGAUCCAGAAUCUCCGUCCACUGUUGAUCAAGCUGACUCUGUCGUUGUGGAGUACAAUGAUUUCAUUAAGGUGUUGGUGGAACUGUCUCCCUCCCUCUCCAUGGCUGAACUUAAGAAGUACGAGUUGCUGCGAGAUAAAUUCGAAGGACCAUCAAACUAAUUAAUGCCCGGUGAGGUGUUGCAAAAUUCUGUAGCGCCGUACAGUGAUGUUGUGCAAGUAGACUGUCACAGUGCCAAGUUCCAAAUACCUAUCCUCGCUUUAUAAUGAAGAAGAAUGUCGAUCGAUUGCUUAUGCAACAAGAAAGUAGAUAUCGGUCAAGCGAUGAGCUAAAAAGGGCAGAUCGUUGUGUGUUUCAUUUCCUUUCGUGUUGUACAUUGUUUGGAAUCUGAAAAGUGGACCCCAAUAAUGCAGUUGUGACGUGGUUGCCAUUAUCUCCCGCGAAUCCUCAUCCAUGCAGUUUUUGAACAGCCAUGGUGUUUGAAGCAAAUCUGUACACUUUUGGGUGGGUGGGUGAGCUGUGGACCCAGUGCCGUGUCAUAGGAACAUAGUUGAAGCUCAUCCCUGGUUUUCUCUUAUUUUGGGUGAUUGUCUUUGUUGAAUAAGAACACUCGUGAUGUUGAGAGUUUCUUCCAGUCAUGUAAUAUGAUCGCAGGACAGUGGCACAAGCUCUCUGUAAAGUCCAGAAAUUGUUCGUCUUUUCAUGGGAAGCCUCGUUUAAAUCCAAGAAAAAGAAAAUACGCAAGAA